UCCUCCAUGUUAGAUGUAAAGUGGGAAAGGGGGGAGAUUUAGCAGAAUUCCGCCGUGUCUUCAGCCAGGCUGGAGAGUGGAAGAGCACAGUGAAACCCUCGGGCUGUUGAAAUUUCCAGACUGGCAGGAAGCCCCUAGAACUCAGAGAAAAUGAGGGUUUCUUAACUCAAAGUGUAGGGAAAGGGGACAGAUGCUUUUAAUCGUUCUCCCCAACGUGUGCUACCUUUCUUGACCAGCAUGGUAAGCACGAGGGCAGGUGCCAGCCGCCCGGAACAGGUCUGCGGAAUCCAAGGCAACCUGAGUAAGGCAGAGUGAUCUGGAGCCUGCCCCUCGCUUCCCGCGCCCCAUGGGCUCCGGGAGAAGCAGAAGGAACAGCAGCUGCAGGGGCACAGCAGCUGGAGCCGCCAGGAUGAGCUGCGAGGAGGGGGAGGACGGCGGCUGCGGCUGCAGCAGCCCCGAGGAGAAGAAGAUGCUCAAGUGUGUGGUGGUGGGCGACGGCGCCGUGGGGAAAACCUGCCUGCUCAUGAGCUACGCCAACGAUGCCUUCCCGGAGGAGUAUGUGCCCACGGUGUUCGAUCACUACGCAGUUACCGUGACAGUGGGAGGCAAGCAACAUUUGCUCGGACUGUAUGACACCGCAGGACAGGAGGACUACAACCAGCUGCGGCCACUCUCCUACCCCAACACAGAUGUGUUUUUGAUCUGCUUCUCUGUCGUAAAUCCUGCCUCUUACCACAACGUCCAGGAGGAAUGGGUCCCCGAGCUGAAGGACUGCAUGCCUCACGUGCCUUACGUCCUCAUAGGGACCCAGAUUGAUCUCCGCGAUGACCCCAAAACCUUGGCCCGGUUGCUGUAUAUGAAAGAGAAACCUCUCACUUAUGAGCAUGGGGUGAAGCUUGCAAAAGCGAUCGGAGCGCAGUGCUACUUGGAAUGCUCGGCCCUGACUCAGAAAGGUCUCAAGGCAGUUUUCGAUGAAGCAAUCCUCACCAUUUUCCACCCCAAGAAAAAGAAGAAACGCUGCUGCGAGGGUCACAGCUGCUGUUCAAUUCUCUGAGGCUGCUGGGGACUGGCCUCCACCCACAGCCAAGGGUGAGACCAAGCUCAGAUCAUGAAGGAGGGCACGACCAGAGAGGAAGUCCCUUCGCACGAAGGCUUGCCCUUGCACGCCAGGAAGCCCCGCGAGCACAGCACACUAGUCAGCCAACUGCCCCGUCCUCUCGACCAGCCAGACGCAUGCACAUUGCACACGCCAUGAGAAUGCGGAGCCCGGAUGUCAGCCAGGGCCGCUGCUGACCACGUUGGAAACAAAUGCAAAGACCGUGUUGCAUUUUGCAUCUCCCUUCCAUGAACGUGAAGCCGAUGGAAAAUCAUCACCAAAAAAACAAAAACAAAACAACAACAACAACAAAAACAAACCCAAAAGAGGAACUCGGUUCCUAUAUUGGUGGCCUUACUCGGUGUCUUCUAUAGAACACGGGAGUACCAUACUAACCCUUUCUUCCGAAGCUGUUAUUCUACCUAUGUGUCUUGCAUUUAUUUGUAUUGUUCUAAGAAGUUUACUAAUUUACCAGUUUACUCAGGCCUUACAAAGCCAUACCAAAUUAGCCUAAAGACCAUGUAUUUUAUAUCCAUUUCCAUUUUCAGCACAUUUCUACCAAAGCUAUGAGAACCAAUACGUACCUCUGAAUGCCUGCCUGACUGUAAGAAGAAAACAAGAAAACGUUAAAAUUUUAGAAAUUUACAAAGCUAAGAUUUUUGAACCCGGUUGAAAGAAAACACCACCUGAAUUGUUGGGGGUCCACAUUUUUGCCAAAGAUUCACCCUGGAAAUGCUUUUGCUGAUUCAUAGCCUUAUUUUUUCCCCAUAUUUAUAUUGUCACAGCAAGCUACAAAUGAACUGUGUUUUAAAAAGUAGUUUCUCUGCUUUUCAAUCAAACUGACUGGGCGCUAAUAUACAGAACUUAUGAAAAUCUUUUAAAGUAGUCUUUAUUCAGCAAAGUGAACUUUCCUGCUCCCUCGCUUCCCCAUGGCAGGCCCUUUCCCUCCCUUGAAUUCACACAUACUCCCAUGCCCAAUAAUAACCUGAUCUAAAAGAAAGACCUGGCCACAGGGCAUGAAAAAGUAAAUGUUUGAAAGUCCCCAAAGGUUAAGCAAAGUGCCUCAAUUUUUCCUCUUGCUUCAACCGAAGUGCUUCACAGCUUGCCCCAUGCAUGUUCCCAGUUCUGUUUAAACGACAUUUUCCAAGUACAGCUGGUACAAAAAUAAUGCCUCUCCUUAUUAUCUACACACAUUUCCCCAAAUGUAUAUUUAGGGGAUGGAUCUGUGUGUGUCCAGCUCUGGGUCUGUUUAUCCCCUGCUUCCAAAACGAUGUGCUCUGUAGAACAGGAAUUUCGGUCUUGGGAAGUAAAAGCCCCAGGAAAGCAUUAUGUGUUCUUUCUAUAUGCCUCUUCCAAACAUCCCUGGAUUCUUGUAUCACAGAGUGAGUUAUUUCCUAGCUUUUAAUUAGAGACUACACAGCCUCCUAAUUAGUCUUAUUUGCUUACAAUUACCCUGAAAACACCCAGGUAGGCACUUUACUUUUUAUUUCAAUUGCAUAAGCAAAGUGCCUCUUUGCAACAUCAAAUGACACCAAUUUCAGCAGAAGGAGCUCUGGAUUCACACUCCUUCUGUUGGAAAAAUACAGUCUUUCUAGUCCUUUCUGCUCCUGGAGAAAGCACACUGAAAAGAAGCAUAUGACAUAGGUCUUUUCUGUUAAGACCUUCCAUGACACCCCCUCAGUUGUUUAGGUUUUGUUUGUUUGUUUAGAAUUUCUGAAAUGUGUUUCCCUUCUUCCACAUUGCAAGUUCUAUUUCCCUUCUCUCCCAUCUAGUUGCUAAACAUUUUCUUAAACACACACACACACACACACACACACACACACACAUGCCCCAAACUGAAAGAAAAUGGGAGUUUUGUAAGUCAAAGCUUGACAGAGAAAGCAAGGACUUUCUGCCUCUGUAGAUGAAAAUCAACUGUGCAUAAACUAUAACUCUGCAGAGGUUAUGGAUUCACUCUUUGCAAACAACAAUGAGCAUUUAGCCCUGUAAUAAAGGAAGUGCUGUUAGCCA